GUAGCGCUCAAGCAUAAUUUCUCCAUCACAGGACUCGCGCGCUCUCUCUUGGCCCAUCCAUCCAUGGUGGUGAUAGGCGGCCACCCUUACUCGCCAAGUGACCUGGAGCUCCCCGGUUUCGUGCCGCACCAGCUUUCACCCCUCCAACUCGUGGUGCCCCUCAUAGGCACUUCCCUCUUGGUCAUCGCGGUGAUCUGGCUUGUCUCAGGCCGUGUCCUUAAUACCGGAAGAUCCGCCAGAUUAUCCAAGGCCGACCGUUUGAUCAUGUGCUGGUGGGCAAUCACUGGGUUGACCAACCUAAUCAUCGAAGCAUCCUUGCUCUUCACCCCCAAUUACCUUACCAAGGAAAGCCCCAGUUUUUUCGAUGAAAUAUGGAAAGAGUACAGCAAAGCUGACUCCAGAUAUGCCGCCAGGGACACCACAAUCGUCGCGAUCGAAGUCAUUGCGGUUUUUUUACGAGGCCCUGCAUCACUUCUUGCUAUCUAUGCUAUUGCUUCCAGAAAGUCCUACAGCUACAUUCUACAGUUUAGUGUAUGUAUGGGCCACAUCUGCGCAAUGUUGGUUUACUACAUUACUGUCUACUUAGACGGCAUGAACUUCUGCGUCAGUCCAUUCUACUUCUGGGCAUAUUUUGUUGGUGCAAACUCUCCAUGGGUUGUGAUUCCAACGCUGAUAGCAAUAAGGAGCUGGAAGUUGAUAAGCCAAUCAUUUCAUACUUCCAAGGUGAAUCAAGACUAAGUAAACCAACGCUGAUAGCAAUAAGGAGCUCAAAGUUUAUACUAGCAAUGUUCCGGUGACGUGUUUUCCAUGAUACAAUGAUUUCUCUGUUUCGAGCAAAAUUGCAACCGAAUAAAAAAUUACUUAUUUUUUAAGA